AGCCGUGCCCGGACGAGGUCGUCCCCAACUCCUGCAUCUAGUCGUCGACCUUACCAACACUGCAGUCGCCGCUGCUGGUCGAGGUCGCCCAGGUUGACACCGGCCCCGCCGGCCUGCAGGUCAUCCUGCCCGACAUGGUAUUUGGCAAUAUUGGUUCUUGGGCUGCCCAAUUGAUCACUGAAGCUGGUGGCAAGGUGGUCUCCAUCAGAGAUGUCACAGGGGCUGUCAAGAACUCCAAUGGCAUUGACAUAGCCAAGCUGAUGAAGCACUCGGCAGAGAACCGCGGGAUCAAGGGCUUUGACGGAGGCGACGCCGUCGACCCGACCUUGCUGCUCACGGAAGAGUGCGACGUGCUCAUCCCGGCAGCUCUGGGAGGAGUCAUAAACAAGGACAAUGCUGAUGCCAUCAAAGCAAAGUACAUCAUCGAGGCUGUUAACCACCCAACAGACCCCGAGGCCACGAGAUUCGGGCAAAGAAGGGCGUGCUGAUCCUACCGGACAUCAUGGCCAACUCCGGCGGAGUGAUGGUGAGCUGCUUCGAGUGGGUGCAGAACAUACAGGGGUUCAUGUGGGACGAGGAGAAGGUGAAUCGGGAGCUCAAGACAUACAUGACCCGCGCCUCAAACAUAGUUCUGAAUAUUUAGGCAAUGUAUGGCACAGUAGAAAAUGGAAAGUAGUUAUGUAAAGUAUAUCUUCAAAAACCAGAAUUGGCUCAAUUUGGAAGAAUGCCUACUUCAUAUGAAUUUCUUGCCCGCUUUGCACGCGUUGCUACAUGUGCAUUAUCAUGCCUCAGCCAUAAUCAUUGUCGACAAAUAUGGAACAGAAGAAGUAUGUCCCCUAUUUUA